AUGACGGACAAUCAGCAAUACGCGCGGCACUGGUCGCACGAAAAUGAUCGUGUCGCCAGCGUGGCAGCGUCUAUCCUGGAUUGUCCCAAACGGGUAUCCGUGCUCGACCAAUGCUUCUACCUGCAUGCGUGCGUCGGCUAUGGCUUAUUUCUCCAUUUCCGCAUCAGACCGGAUGUCGUCGCGGAGUGCUACAUACGGGCGUUUCUCGACCUUUUCUGUUGCCACCUCGAUACUGUCGCGGUGACUCCUGUUCUCGCCUCACUUUUGGACCGCAAAGCAAAGCAACAAGUACAGCAGAAAGUAACAAGCAACAAGCAAGGCAUUCUAUCCGGACUCUGA